UUUUCCUUCCCCAAUCCCUUGUAUUCCAACCAGAGAAACCGGAGACAUGCUUUCCCAGCUGCUGGUGAUUCUUGAUCUGCUACUAUGGAUGACACCUUGCUCAUCAUCGAACCAGAUCGAUCCAUCAGUACUAAAUACAGAUUCCCCUCAAGUACGUUGCAAAGACAUUGAUGUUUUCUAUCCCUUUGGAUACUACAGCGCAGCUCUUAGUGGCUUUGAGCUACUCUGCAGUACCAGCGAAUCAGGAAAUUUUUCGAUGCUACCACUGAAGAGUGGUACUUACCGGAUCAAAAGCAUCUCCAUGGAAGGUGAAGUGAGCAUCUAUGCUGGAGCCAUUGCUGGUCGCUGCGAUGAUCGCAAGACCAUGAACCGAGGAUUGGGUUUGAUCAACUUAGAUGGGAGCCCCUACACAUUAUCAGACAGGAGAAACAAGCUGACAGCAAUAGGCUGUGAUGUCAUGGUAUUGCUUCGAGGCUCCAGAGGGCCUGGCAACCUGAUGAGUGGUUGUGUUUCGUUCUGCGACACGCCGGGCAACGUGAUCAAUGGGUCUUGCUCUGGCUUGGGCUGUUGCCAGGCUGCCAUCCCUAAAGGCAUCAAAAGCUUUGACAUAGAGUUCAAGAGGAUAGAAGACGACCUGGUGUUUUGCUCUGCAGGACAGAGGAAUGGAGACAACACUAGCUUGAGGGGCCACAGCUCCAAUCUAUGCAGCCAGGCCUUCUUGGUCGAUCAGGAAGAGUUCGAGUUCUCUCAGGCAAACCUCUCAUCCAUUCUGCCAGAUGAAACUAACCAUGUUGUUGUGUUAGACUGGACAAUUGGGAAUGAGAGGUGUGAAGAAGCAAGGAGGAUGCCAACCUAUGCUUGCAAGCAGAACAGCCAGUGUUAUGAUUCACCCAGUGGGGUUGGCUAUCACUGCAAUUGCAGCACAGGAUAUCAAGGAAAUCCUUAUAUUGAAGAUGGGUGCCAGGAUGUUGACGAGUGCAGUGACCAAAAAACCAACCCCUGCGCGGGACAUUGCAUCAACAUACCAGGGAAUGUUUCAUGCAUCUGUCCAUCAGGCACAAGUGGUGAUGGUAGAAAGCAGGGAAGUGGCUGCAAGAAGAUCUUUCACCUAGAACUUGCUCUAGGUAAUAUAUUCCAACUUAGCCUUGUAAGAUUUGCCCAAAGAUGGAGGAUGAUCUUAUUGAUUAUUUAUCGAGGAAAUGUGUUAGAGAAAGUUAUGGACAUCAUGAUUGAUUGUGAGACACACUGA